AUGUUCCUGGCGGUGUUUCAGGAGUUUGCCCACCCAGAGGUGUUGGCGCAGGUAGAAGAGGGAAAAAUAUGCCGUGUCGACAGGGCCACAGAGCCGUGCACACUGGCGAAGUCAGAGGAGGAGCUCGCGGUAGUGAGCCGCAACGCCAAGUUAUUUAUUGAUGACGAAACAACAAGUGAGGAAGCGGUCGAGGCGACGCUUGAAGCCCUCUGCAAGCUCGGCUUCACAGUCACACAUCGCCAUCCCGUGACUUCGGCGGGGUGUCCAAUGCGGGAUCGUGUCAUUCUGUCGUACACCGCGUGA